GGUGUCUGUGUGCGCGCCGUGAACUGUGGGGUCGUCGGAACUGGGUCAGCCAUGCGUGAGGUUGCCAGGACCGUGAAGCUGGACGACGGGGGCGGGAUGGGGUCCAACAACUCCGUAGCUGCUGUACCUCGCCAAGUGGACUGGGAUGCGUCAGCAAAGUGUGACUGGCUUGCUGGCCGGACUCCGACUAAUGGCCGACUUGACCUGUUGACCCGGUCGUCAGGGCCGAGUGGAGGAAUGGACGAAUGGCAAGUGGGCAAAAGCGGGCCUCAUCGGGUCAACUUUUGUCCGAUCUGA